UGUUCGAAUUUUGCUCUUUCUUAUUCUUCUUCAUCUUCUUCUCUCACUCCUCAGUUCUUCUCACUCAAAAUCUUCAUUAUUUUUUUCCCUCCAAAAAAACAAACAAACAAACAAACUAGUCGUAGGGUUUCGUAUGAUUGUAUAUCCAUUAUCACUAACAAUAUGAUGGAAAGUGAUAAUUGCAGAAGCGAUACCCUAGCUCAGUUCCCCUCACCUUCAUCAUCGCAAUCGGUUCUAGGUGGAGAUUUGUCCAAGGAUGAUGAGAAUGCAAAAGAAUUUGGUUUACCCAAUGAUACUGUGAGAUAUGAGGAUGAAGAAUUUGAAUCUCAAUUUGAAACUCAAGAAUUAGAAGAUGCAGAUUGUCAUGGGUUUGCUGACAGUGAUGGAGAAGGAACAGAUACGACUCUAGUAUUGGAGGAUAAUGGUGACAAUGAUGAUGGAUGUCGUAGCGAUGAUACUCCAACGAGUUUUAGGAAGAGGAAGGACCUUGUUUUGGAUUCUGACGCUUCGGCUGACAAGUGUGCUUCAGGAUCUGUGAAAAGGAGCCGUAUGUCAGUAUGUGUAGCAUCAUUAAAGGGUUUCUCUAAUGAGGCUGCUCGCACUGUGUCAAAGAAUCUUGGGGAUGAUGAAGAGAUGGCUGAUACAAGAAAUCCAACUCCAGUCAUAACUCAGUUUAUAGAUGAUGCCAAAAGUGACCAUGGUAUGUGCAAUCGGAACAUAAAAGGAGGUAGAACAGUCGGUGCUAAUACAGUAGUGAAAAAGCUUUCUUUUGAAGAUACCUCAAAUUUGAAUAAUUUCUCAUUCAAAGAUAAUGAGAGUACUGAUGGAGCACAAGAUACAACUUUGUCGAUUGAUUUCAAUCAUCAACUCGCUGGGUUAAGCUAUCUUGAUUCAGAGGAACCUGGAGAAUGGACUCAAAACAAUGCAUUAGAUAUUGUGGAUAAGUUUUUGUCAGUCAACGACUUAAAGAUGUCCCAAGAAGCUGUUCCAGAGAAAGCUAGUAAUGAGAAUAAUUUUUCUGUGUCAAGGACAAAGGAUACUCUAGAAUUGGCUAAGAGAAUAAAUAUCAGGAGCCCAACAAGAGAUGUGAGUAUUUUUGAUUGGCGUGAUAUCCCAGAGGAUGAGGAAGCUGGAAUUUCCUCCUUUAAGAGUAAGAAAAAGGAUAGAAGUUCCUCCUGUAAGAAGAAGAAAGAAGGUUUGAGCCUCGGUAAAAGAAUGACGGGUGUAGCUCGUUCAGACUCCAGUUUAUUGUUAGAUGACCCGAAAGGAGUAAGCAAAGGUAUUGAAACAUCUGAAUUGGAGAUCAACAACAGUUUCGAGUUCGGCAAACAACUAGAUGCAGUAAUUCAAGAGAAGCUGCCAGAAGUAACUGGUAUAAACAAUGAUGCAAUGGAUAUGUAUGAUGUUGGUUUUGAUACCCAAAUGGCUGCUCAAGCUAUGCAAGACUUGCUCUGUGGGCACCCUGCCGGCCAUGAUAGUGAUAAUUCUCACCAACUUACAGAAAAGACUAUUGUUCGUUCUCCCAGGGGUGAUCCACAGAUAAAAUCUUGUUUAAAGCAUGACUUGGUUCAUAAGAAGCAUCGUUCUACUGAUACAGAUGCUGCAAUUAGACAAGAUAAGAAAAUGAAGAUAGCGGAAGCAAAAUCAUGUAAAGAAAUCACAUCUCGUACUAUCUCCGUAAAAUUAAGGGGGAAGCCACGGAAACCAGCUUCAGGAGAGAAGCGAAAAGCAACGAACAACUUGAAACGGGAGGGUGCAUAUUCGGGCACAAAAUCUAAAAAAUCUGCUGACAGUAGAAAGACUGUGGUAGAACAGGUAAUGAGAAGCGUCAUAGGGGCCAAUAGUUUGGACAAUUUGUUAGAAUCAAAUGAAAAUAUCUCGCUAAACCAAAGUCUGUUGCAGGAGGUCGGUACGUUCACACCCAUUGCUUGUCGUACGAGGCGAUCUAGAACAGCAAAACCAUUGGAAGGACUGAACUUAUCUACCAAUUCUGAAAGAGUCAAAUCCCAAUUGCCAAAUAUAAAGGAGCAGAGUCAGCAAAACAACCGAGAUCUUGGAGGGUUCCACGAAGUAAGCGACUGCCGUCGGAGCAGGGGAUCAUGUUCAAAUGUAGCUGUUCACUUGAACAGAGAUUGUAACUUAGAUGAUCAGCCCAACGUGACAACGGAAGAAAUCAACUUUGGAUUUAUUCCAAGGAGGAAAAGAUCAAAAUGCAGGGUCAGAGGUUCUUUUAACAGUGAAAUGAAAAAUGAUACUGGGUCAAUGGGAAAGAAGUUUGGAGAAACCAUGGCGGGCAAAAAUUUAUGUGAAUCAGGUCUAGCUGGUGGUACUGUAAACUGUUCUAUAACUGUUGUCAAUGGGAAUUUGGUUCCUAAAGUUUUGGGCAAAGCCAAGUCAUCAGGAGACUGUGGGAAAGUAACUGAAGUAUUUAUAUCAUCUAAUGAAAAUGCAGAACAGUGUAAUACACUUGAUGUAGCAUCACCGGUCUUUACGCAGUACUAUUGUCGGAAAAAAUCUAGGAAGAAAAGCCUGCGAAGACCAUUACUCGCAGAAGAACUUACUAGGUUAGAUUCUAUUGAAGCAUCACCUAACCCUGUAGUGAAGGAUCUGAGGAAAAGGAGAGAUACGGCCAGCGUUCGUGUCUUGUUUAGCAAUCACUUGGACGAGGAUAUAAUAAAACAUCAACAGAAGAUUUCCAGACGGUUAGGCAUUUAUGUUGCAUCAUCUUCUUCAGAAGCCACACACUUUGUUGCUGAUCAAUUUGCACGUACAAGGAAUAUGUUAGAAGCAAUUGCUCAUGGUAAACAUGUGGUUACACAUCUUUGGCUUGAAAGCUGCGAACAAGCUGGUUGUUUAAUCGAUGAGAAAAAUUACAUACUAAGGGAUCCCAAAAAAGAAAAAGAGAUUGGAUUCAGCAUGCCAGUUACAUUGGCACGUGCCCGCAAAAGUCCACUUUUACAGGAUAAACAAGUUUUCAUCACACCAAAUGUAAAACCUAGUAAACAACUGGUCUCCGACUUGGCCAAGGCAGUGCAUGGUCAGAUUGUGGAGGAAAUGGGGAAAUUUGCGAAGAACAAUAACAAAAUUCCAGAUGAUCUUUUGGUAUUUUCUUGUGAAGAAGAUCACAGAAUAUGCAUGCCUCUGGUUAAGAAAGGAGCUGCAAUUUAUAGCUCAGAGAUUCUACUGACGGGGAUUAUUGUUCAGAAACUGGAGUAUGGGAGACAUCGACUCUUCAGGGAUCAAUAGUAGGAGGAUUUACCCACCACCACCCAACCAGAAGAAUGAUACAAGUUAAAACACUCGGUUCCUUGUUGUAUCUUGUUCUCGGAUGUAAAUUAUCUUCAUUUUCUAUGUUUUUCUUCAUUCUCUCCCCAUUUUUUUGUUGUUGUAUAUUGUGGGAGUUCUCUUCAAACGUGGUUCUGUUGUAUAUCCUUGGUGCAUUUAAAGUUCAUCAAUUUUGUCUUUA